AUGACAAAAACAGCAGUUUAUACCGACAAGGCGCCAAAGCCGCGGCCCAUCUACAAUCAGGCCAUCGUUGCCAAUGGUUUCGUGUAUUGCUCUGGCCAGUUGCCCAAGGACAUUAACGGUCAGCUUGUCGGUGGGACUGUACAAGAUCGUACCCGUCAAUGUAUCCGCAACCUCCAAGUCGUCCUAGAAGCCGCCGAAUCCUCGCUAGACGAUGUCGUCGAAGUCAACGUGUUUCUGUCCGACAUGAAGGAUUUCGCGCAGAUGAACGAGGUUUAUGGAGAGUACUGGGGCAAGGUCAAACCAUCGAGAACAUGUGUGGCCGUCAAAACGCUUCCCGAGCAUACGGAUGUCGAGAUCAAAUGUGUGGGACUGGUGACAGCCAAGGCCAGAUUGUGA